UCUAUUUAUUGUUGGUUAAGGGCUUGUACGUAAGCAUUUCGUGGUAAGGUAUACCAUGCGCCUGUUGUAUUUGGCGCAUGUGAUGAAUAACAUUUUAUUUUAUGACAAAGCUUACUGACAGUGAGAUCAUGUCCAAAAGAGGGGGAGGCAAAUUUUAGCGUCAUUUCAGCGGCAUGCUCCAAACUGGUUGGCUGACUUCAGCUUUUCAUCAGUUAGCCUUUAUCUCGAUUUACAUACCCUGUAUCUGAAUUUCUGAACAGGGAGGGGCAACAGAAACAAAUGACUGGAGAAGAAGAAACAUUACAUAAGCAGCCAUCUCGGAUACAGUCACAGACGGUGUACUGUUUCAUUGCAUAACAGUUUUACAUUCGAGGAGAUAUCCAUAGACAGACAUGAUUUAGCUUUCAAAUCUCACAUCCUGGGACUACGGUUAAACUACUAGCAUGGCUGAGUCUGCAGCUUUGAUUUCAGAUGAUGCCCAGUUUGUGGAUAAGCAUAUGGCUGAGCUCAUUCAGAGGGUUAUCAUAGUGAUGCCCAUAGCAGAUGACCUACUCCAGAGGCGCCUGAUCCAUAAGGAGGUGUACUCUAAUAUCCAUGCUACCAGGACCAGCCAGGGACAAAUGAGACUGCUGUAUGAGGCCCUGCAUUCAGGAGGGGUAAAGGUGAAAUCAGCCUUUUACAGGAUUCUACUGGAACAACAACCUCAAAUAGUCCAAGAUCUAGGUGAACCCUCUGCAGUCCAUGUCAGCACAACUCUGAAUUCUAAAGUCAAAGAUGGGAAUAUUGAAAUGUGCCAAACAGAAUUGAAAUCGUACCUGAAGAGAACAUUUGAAAGAAUAUUUCCAGGAAUAGCUACACAAGGACGUCCAACACUCCUAAAUAAGAUCUACACAGAGCUCUUCAUCACAGAGGGUGGAAGUGGUGAGGUUGAUAAAGAACAUGAGGUGAUGAAAAUUGAGGCAGUAUUAAGGAGACCAGCGACACAAGAGAUACCAAUCAAAUGCAACGACAUCUUUAAACCCUUACCUGGACAGGACAUGACUAUCAGAACUGUGCUCACAAAGGGAGUCGCUGGCAUUGGAAAGACCGUCUCAGUGCAGAAAUUCAUUAUGGACUGGGUUGAUAGAGAAGCUAAUCAGGAUAUACAGUUCAUAUUUCCAAUUCCUUUUCGGGAGCUGAAUUUGAUGAAGGAAAAGACACUCAGUUUGAUUGACCUACUCCAUGAUUUCUUCAAUGUCAUCAAAGAAUCAGGACUUUCCAACUUUAAAAAAGUGUUGUUUAUCUUUGAUGGGUUAGAUGAGUGCCAACUUCCUCUGAAUUUCAACAGAAAUGAGAUCUGCUGUGAUGUCAAAAAGUCAAUCACAGUGGAUGUACUUCUGACAAACCUCAUAAAGGGGAAUCUGCUUCCUUUUGCUCUUCUCUGGAUAACUUCACGACCAGCAGCUACCAAUCGGAUCCCUCCUGAGUGUGUUGACCAGGUGACUGAGGUACGAGGGUUUAGGGAUGAACAGAAGGAGAAAUACUUCAAGAAGACAGUCAGUGAUGAGAAACUAGCUGAAAGAAUCAUCGCACAUAUAAAGUCAUCAAGGAGCCUCGACAUCAUGUGCCACAUACCAGUGUUCUGUUGGAUCUCAGCCACUGUUCUAGGGAAACUGAUGAGUAAAGCAGAAAGUGGAGACUUGCCCAAGACUCUGACACAAAUGUUCUUACAGUUUCUGAUCUUUCAGAUAAUACAGACAAUGAGGAAGUAUCAUGAAGACCCUGACACAGAUCUCCACUGGGAUAAAGAGAUCAUUCUGAAACUUGGAAAACUGGCCUUUGAACAUCUUGAGAAAGGCAACCUGAUCUUCUAUGAGAAAGAUCUGAAAGAGUUUGGCAUUGACAUCAGACAAGCUUCUUUGUGCUCAGGAGUGUUCACACAGAUCUUAAGAGAAGAGUGUAUGUACCAGGAAGUGGUCUACAGCUUUGUUCAUCUGAGCCUUCAGGAGUUCAUUGCUGCUUUGUAUGUGUUUCUUUCAUUUGAAGACAACAAUGAGGAUGUUAUAACACCCCAACUACCAUCCUCCUCGACUGGAAUUGUCUUGUAUGAAGAAAUUCGUCCUGACAACAUCUACAAGAGCGCAGUGGAUAAGGCCUUAAAGAGUCAGAAUGGACACCUGGACCUGUUCCUGCGCUUCCUUCUUGGCCUCUCACUGAAGUCCAACCAGACACUCCUUCGAGGCCUACUGACACAGACAGAAGGGAGCUCACAGAGCAACAAGGGCACAGUCGACUUCAUUAAGGACAGGAUCAGGAAAAAUCCCUCUCCAGAGAGGUGCAUCAACCUUUUUCACUGUCUGAAUGAGCUGAACGACAAUUCUCUGGUGGAGGAAAUCCAAAUCUACUUGAAGUCAGGAGGUGUUUCGAAGGUUGAACUCUCAUAUUCUCAUUGGUCUGCUCUGGCCUUUGUUAUGUUGUCCUCAGACGAGGAGCUGGAUGUAUUUGAGCUGAAUAAAUUUGUCAGAUCAGACGAAGGCGUUAUGAGACUGUUGCCAGUGAUCAAAGCCUCUAAAACGGCUCUGAUGAAUUCUUGCAAUAUCACUUGGAGAUGUUGUGAGAAUCUGGCCUUAUCUUUCGGAUCAUGUACCUCAAGUUUGAGAAAGCUGGACCUGAGUCACAAUGGCCUGACUGAUUCAGGGGUAGAGCUGCUCUGUUUUGGACUGGGCAAUCCACUCUGUAAAUUGGAAACACUGAAGCUGUCAGGCUGUAAAGUCCAAGAGAAAGGCUGUGCUUCUCUGGCUUCAGCUCUGAGGUCAAACCCGUCGCACCUGAGAGAGCUGGAUCUGAGUUACAAUAACCCAGGAGAUUCAGGAGUGAAGCAGCUCUCUGCUGCACUGGAGGUUCCAGACUGUAAACUGGAGACACUGAGUCUGAUUGAGUGCAGCCUAACUGGGACAUGUUGUGAUGCCCUGGCCUCAGCUCUGUGCUCAAGCUCUUCAAGUCUGAGAGAGUUGGAUCUUAGUCGCAAUGACCUGCACAGUAUUGGGCUGGAGCUGCUCUCUGCUGGACUGAGGAGCACCAAUUGUAAACUAGAAACGCUGAGGCUGUCAAACUGUGAAGUCGAAGAGAAAGGCUGUGCUUCUCUGGCUUCAGCUCUGUGGUCAAACCCCUCACACCUGAGGGAACUGGACUUGAGCUACAAUCAUAACCUGCAGGAUGCAGGAGUGGCCAAUCUUUCUGCUGCACUGGGGAAUCCACUUUGUAAUCUGGAGUCACUGAGGCUUGAAACCUGUAAAGUCACAGAAGAAGGCUUUUCUUCCCUAGCCUCUGCUCUGAAGUCCAACCCUUCACACCUGAGACAGCUGGACCUGAGCAGCAAUAAAGCAGGAGACACCGGAGCAAAGCUGCUCUCUGCUGCACUGGAACAUCCAGGUUGUAAACUAUUGAAAUUGAGGCUGUCAUUCUGUAGUGUCCUGGGGAACGGUUGCUGUUCCCUAGUUUCAGCUCUGAGGUCAAACCCCUCACACCUGAGACAGCUGGACCUGAGUAACAAUUUCCUAGGAGACUCAGGAGUGAAGUUGCUCUCUGCUUUAUUGGAGGACCCACACUGUGAAAUCAAGACACUGAGGCUUACAGACUGUUACAUUUCAGAGGAAGCAUUUGUUUCUCUGGCUUCAGCCCUGAUAUCAAACCCCUCGCACCUGAGAGAGCUGGACCUGACCAGGAAUUACGUAGGAGAUUCAGGAGUGAAGCUGCUCUGUGCUGGACUGAAGGAUCCAUGCUGUAAACUGGAGAAACUGAGCCUGUUUUGUUGUAAACUGAGUUGGGAAUGCUGUGAGGCAAUGGCAGCAGCUCUCCGCUCAACCUCAAGUCUGAGAGAGCUGGACCUGAGUCACAAUUAUCUGGGGAAUUCAGGAGUGACAAUGCUCUCUGCAGGAUUGGGCAAUCCUCACUGUAAACUGAUGAUUCUGAGGCUCUGUAAUUGUGGUAUGACAGAGGAAGGCUGUGCUUCUCUGGCCACAGAGCUGAGGUUAAAUCCCUCUCACCUGAAAUAUCUGGACCUGAGUUCCAAUUCUCCAGGAGACCCUGGAAUGAAUCUGCUCUUUGCUGUGCUAGUGGAUCCCUGUUGUAAACUGGAGAUUUUGAUUCUGGAUAACUGUCACCUCACUGAGAAUUGCUGUGCAGCACUGGCCACUGCUCUCAGCUCAAACACCUGUAGUCUGAAAAGCCUGAACCUGAGUGACAACAACCUAUAUGAUUCAGGAGUACAGCUACUCUCAGCUGGAUUGAAGAAUACACAGUGUAAACUGGAGACACUGAAGGUAGCAAACUGUAAGUUCAAAGAGGAUGGCUGUGUUGCUCUGGCCUCAGCUUUAAGCGCCAACCCCUUCCACCUGACAGAGCUCGAUCUGAACCAGAACCGGUAUGGGCGUGGAAAAGCCCAGCUCAAAGCAUUGCAGAAGGAUCCACACUGUAAACUAGAGAAAGUGGGAUUGGUCCCAAUGUGAAACAGCCAUCAUCAUACAGGACCGAGAAAUGAGCCGCAUUCUGAAGAGACAGUCAAUAAGUGAGGUGGACGUAGUGCUCGACCGUUCUUGAAACCACUGAACUAAAAACACGCUGUGUGUAGACCAAAUAGACCAAACGGAUGCAGCGUAACAUUACAAACAAGUGAGAUGAAUACAUGUUUUGAUUAUACUUUAUCAUUUUGAAAACGCUCAACACCUACUUUACAAAUGUAAUGCAUGUGUUUGCAGUGCAGUCCUGAUCUUUGAAAAAUAUAUAGGCUAUGUAUUUUCCGGGAUAAAUGUGUACAUAUUUACAAGGUUUUAUACACAUUGUAUAAGGGGAUUGAUUGUCAAUGUUCUAUUUAAUGUCAUAGGAAUAAAAUACAAUGUAAGAAUG